ACAGGUUUGGAACAACUUGAGGGUGUGUAAAUGAUGACAGAAUUUUCAUUUCAUAUAUUAUAAGCUUGUUCAGAAAUAAUGACAAAAACUUGAUUAUUAAAAAAUAAUGCCUUUCUCAGUAUGUUAUGUCUCCUCCCCAGUGUAAAGACAGCAACUACACAUCAUCAUCAGCAGUAUUAAAAAGUAUCAUUGUUUUCUGUAGUAAUAGCUCUGAAUUACUGAAUGUAAUAUCAGACUAACCGCUCGCUGGUCAUUUAACAGUCCACGCUUCCAAAGCAUUGAUGCCCAUACGUUUUGUUUAUUGAUAUGGAACACAGUGAAAAGUAAACACAAACAGAAACCAUAGUUUUACACACAACAUUACGACAUAUUGACAGUUUAACCGUGUUUGCCUGGUAACCAGCAGUAGAAUGGUCAGGAGCACUAACACGUGUAUCUGAAUUCACAUCUUGCCAUUCAGUUUGCGCAAACACUUCCAGGUUAAAUUCAUCAGGAAGGGUCAGGUGACAUUCAAUUUAGACAAAUUAAAGGCUAUGUUGCAGGUUUUUUUUUUUUUCUUUUUUGGCAAUUUUCUAGCAGGUAAUAAACAUUUAAACAGUUAUCCAUUGUAUUUAAUGUUGUAGGGUAUUACAAAAAAGAAAUAUAAUAAGGAAAAGUAGGUGAUAUCGUAGCGGUUAGCUACAGGUUAGCGAUGAAUCUUGUUUCUCCCACAAUGCAUUGCAUGACGUCACAUGAGGUACUCGCAUUUGGACGACAGACGAAAGCCCGCCUUGAUACCAUUGAGAGAGUGAGACGACGAGUAGUGAGAGUAGUAGCUAGUGAAAGAGUCAGAUAUAUAAAUAAACAGAUAGAUAGAUAACGAUAGAUAGAUAACUUUAGAUAGAUAGAUAACUUUAGAUAGAUAGAUAUCAUAGCAUAAAUAGAUAGUGAGAGAUAGCAAGAUAGCAUAGCAUAACAGAUAGCUUAGAGAAAGAUUAGAUAAUAAAUAGACAACAUGGUUUAUUACUGUGUUUGUGGCGGGUGCAAGAACUCCAGCAAAACUGGACAUAGGGUCCAUUGUUUCCCCAAGGACAAAGGGAUCUUCCGAAGCUGGGUGCAAUUUGUCAAGAUUAGGCGGGCAGAUUUUUCAGCUAGCUCUGUCACCGCCUACUCGAGAAUAUGCAGCGCGCAUUUCAAGGAGGAGGAUUACAACUCGGGGGAUGCCAAGAUGGUCGCACUUUCUUUAAAAAGUAAGAGGAUGGCUAAGUUAAUUCCUACCGCCGUGCCGUCUGUGAAUGCAAACCUCUCUGCUUGUCCUGUCCCGAGGUCGAGAGACACCGUCUGCCGCAAGCGAUAUAUUGCCACGAUGAUGACAGAUACCUCACAGCAGGAGACCGUGGACAGUGUAGACACUGUGGAGAGUGUCGAUACUGGGGAUCAGCCCUUGCCCUCCUCCACUUCUGACGCUGUGACACAGUGUUAUUUGAAGCCCCCCCGAUGGUCUCGCGGACUUUUAUUUUGGUAGGGCGCUGUGACGUCAUAAGUCUGCGCCGCGCUCCUGCAUCUGUUGUGAUUCGGCUGAAGAAAGUGUGUGGAUCUCAGCAGGAGUUUUUCUGUGUGUUUGGACACUCCAUUACAAAGAUGGCAUUUAUUAAAGAGGAGAGUGAAGACGUGAAGAUUGAAGAAACGUUCAGAGUCAAACAUGAAGAUACUGAGGGGCAAACAGUGGCGUUUAUUAAAGAGGAGCGUGAAGAUGUGAGGAUUGAAGAAACGUUCAGAGUCAAACAUGAAGAUACUGAGGAACAAACAGUGGCUUUUAUUAAAAAGGAGAGUGAAGAUGUGAAGAUUGAAGAACUAGUCACAGUAAAACAAGAAGAUACUGAGGAACAAACAGACCUCAUGCCACUGAAAGAGGAGUGCACAGUACCGAAUGAAACGGAAGAGAGAGAACAAUAUGACACUCAUCAUGAUUUUAAAACCGGAGAAGAAUCUUUCAGUUGGCCACAGAUUAAAGAGACUUUCUCACAGAAAACAUCUCAUAAAACAGGAGCUAAAAGUUAUUUCACUCCUUUUCACUGUGAAAAGAGUUUCGAUGAACAUGGAAACCUUAAAGUGCACAUGAGAAUUCACACCGGAAAGAAGUCUUUCACCUGCCAACAAUGUGGAAAAAGUUUCAAUAGAAAAGCAGACCUUGAGGGGCACAUGAGAAUUCACUCUGGAGACAAGCCUUACACCUGCCCUGAGUGUGGAAAGAGUUUCGAUGAACAUGGAAACCUUAAAGCCCACAUGAGAGUUCACACUGGAGAGAGUCCCUCCACCUGCCAACUGUGUGGAAAAAGUUUUACUCAAAAAGGAAACCUUUACAGGCACAUGAGAAUUCACACUGGAGUCAAGCCUUACACCUGCCCUGAGUGUGGAAAGAGUUUUGAUCUACAUGGAAGCCUUAAAGUGCACAUGAGAAUUCACACUGGAGAGAAGCCAUACUCUUGUCUUCAGUGUGGAAAGAGUUUCUAUAAUCAGGGAAACCUUAAAGUGCACAUGAGAAUUCACACUGGAGAGAGUCCUUUUAUCUGCCAACUGUGUGGAAUUAGCUUCAUUCAUAAAGGAUUCCUUAACAGACACAUGAGAAUUCACACUGAAGAAAAGCGUUGCUUGUGCCAUCAGUGUGGAAAAAGUUUCAACCGAAAAGGAGACCUUAACAAACACAUGAGAAUUCACACUAGAGAAAAACUUUAUACAUGCCCUCAGUGUGGAGAGAGUUUCGAUCUACAUGGAAGCCUUAAAGCCCACAUGAGAGUUCACACUGGAGAGAGUCCCUUCACCUGCCAACAGUGUGGAAAAAGUUUUACUCAAAAAUCAAACCGUAACAGGCACAUGACAAAAUUACACGGCAUAUUUUCAACACAAUCUUAAUCAACACGUGAGGAUUCAUUUGAGAGAACUGUUUUAUGUCAUCAGUGUGCCAGGAGUUUCACAGACAGGAAUCAUGUUAUAACAUUAUGAUGUGUAGAAAGCUCAGAAAUUAAAGGGGUCAUAUAAUGCGAUUUCAAGUUUUCCUUUCUCUUUGGAGUAUUACAAGCUGUUUGUGCAUAGAUAAGAUCCCUGAAGUUGCAAAGACUAAAGUCUCAAAACCAAAGAGAUUUUCUUUAUAGAAGUUAAGACUCUGCCACGCCCCCCUAAAACGGCUCAUUCAAACACGCCCCUUCUAAACCCUUUUGGCCUUUGGUCUCGCAGAACAUACCCUCACAUUAACAGAAUGGCAGAGAGACUGUCUUUACAUGUAUAGAUGCACCAAAAUGAUGCUAAAAGGACUUCUGAGCAACUUUCAUUUCUAUGCAUAACUCUAUAUCAUGUAUGUAACCCACAUAUUUGACAUAUGUCCUAAUCAUGUCCUAAUCCCUUAUUGUGUAUGUCUUUUAAAUAACUAUUAAAUAGUUUAUAGGAUUAUAUUCAUGUUGGGCAUGUAUGAGUUUGAAAAUCCAUUCUUUAAACGUUUCUAUCAAUCAAUACUUUGUAGAAUGUAUUAUAUUCUUGUUAUAGAAAUCAUGUCCAAAUUAUACUCUACAAGAGCGGGAAAAUUGGGACCAUGUGACUGAUAAGAUAACAUGUUGAUUUAUGUAUUGGGAGGAGAAACAUAGCAACACCCCGAGCUAAGACAAUGUCUAAUUGGUCAAGACACCAUUUGGGAUGUGUCCAACAGCCCAGUUUAAAUGCUCAGGACACCGUCAAAUGAUGCUUUUUGCCUUGUUGGCUUUUAGCCGCCGCUUUUUGCUUUUAGUCAUUGCUUUAUGCUUUUUGCCACUGCGUUUUGUCCGUGAAUUCUUUGAGCCCCAUUCCAGUAUGCUCUGGCUUGUAUGCCAGUAGCUCCUCUAAAACCAUGAGGAGAAACGCCAUCUAGUCUCGUCAAUCUUUACUCUUUUCUUUCUUUUCCUUUAGUUUCUUUUCUUUUCCAUUGAGAGUUUCGUGUUCUGAGUUAAGUUUUGUCGCAACGCCGAGUCUGUGAUUGCCUCAACUUCAACCAGCCCACUACUCUUCAGCCAACGCCCAACCAUUGGCUUCCCAAGAUGUCACUUCAAUGACUACUGAACUUCCAGCCAAUUAGCAACCUUGGGAAACGCCCUUUCUGCAAGGAGGACAACAAGGGAACCCCAGGGCUGGUUCUAGACAUUAGGAGGCCCUAGGUAAAAUUCAUGGCAAAAUUCCCCCUGAUGAAUUUUCAUCAUCUAUUACUCCAGUGUUCAGUGUCACAAGAUCCUACAGAAAUCAUUCUAAAAUGCUGAUGUAUUAUCAAUGUUAGAAACACUACUUAAUGUUUAUUUUAUAAUCUGUGACAUUUUUUUCAGGAACUUUUGAAAGAUAAAAAUAUAUAAAUCUUUUAUAACAAUGUUUUUACUAUCGCAUUUUAUCUAUUUAACACAUUCUUGCUGAAUAUAAUUUUUCUGUAUUUUUGAUCAAAUAAAUGCGGGCUUGAUGAGCAUAAGAAAUUUUUUUCAAAAACAUUACAAAUAGUAAUAGGUCCAAACUUUUGACCGGUAUUAUAUGUACAUAUUAAUCAAACUUUAUCUAAGGUAAUCUCUUUGUUGUUUGAUGAAGAAGAUGUUAUUGUUGUUAUUUUGCUGUUUUAUUUAAUUUAUUCACAGUUCCAGAAUACCACUUCAAUAGAUGAACAUAAGUGCUUUUAUUUAUUCCCCCACCCCAGAUAUGUCAUAGUCAUUCUACAGAAACGUCCACUUUUACAAUUGAAAUACACAUUAGGGUCAGUUUUUUAUGUUUUAAAAUGAAACAAUAUGUUAUUUGAACAAUUACACCUUCAUGAGCCAUCAAUGUGGCAUCAUUUUUUUAAAAAUUAAUUAUAUAGAAUUCCAAGUACCACAAAACUGCUCGUCCCCACAGCCAUGUACAGCAGGAAAGUGCUUUAUUUUGAGGUCAAAAACUGGAUUUUCUACCAUUUAGAAUACAAAAGUCUAUUCAUAACUAUCAAAUAUAUGAUGUAAAUGGCAUAAAAAAACAAAAUGCCAAAUAAAUAUUAUAAAAUAUAAUGAAAAUAGUGGUCCCCUGGAGUUGUGUCAUUCGUGUUACUGAUUAACAAAAGUCUUUUAUUUUGGAAUAAUAAAAAUCACACUGAUGACAUCACUCGACUUCCUAUUUUCUAAACAUCUAUGAAAAAAGGCCCAUGUUUAGUCCACUGUUUGUUUUCAGUUAUCAGAAAUUUUCUCAUUUAUCUCAUGAUUUCAUAUGAAGCUUUUAGUUGACGUCACUGGUAUGACCUACUUUAUUGUUAGGGAAUUGUAAAAAAAAAAAAAACUAUAAUACAAAUGGUUUAAACUAAUUAAUUUAGUGAGUAUACCAUGAUUGACAACAUGUGGUUUAAUACCUUGCAGCAGACAUUUUGUAAAAUGCAUUUUUCAUGAAAAUUGUCACUGGUGUUACUGUGCUGUGUUACUGUACUGUUUUUGUCUGUCACAUUAAAUAAAUAAAACACAAUCUACUUAUCUGAGACUUAUUUUAAACAAGACUUAUCUUUAACUCUGACUACAUGUGCUGAAAAAAAAAAAUCGAGAAAUAACAUUGCACAAAAACAUUUAAUAUUGCUAAAGAAGGUAACACCAGUGACAAAAAAAAUGAUACAUGUGGUCUUGAAAUAACUGCACAAAAAAGCUAAAAAAUAAAUAAAUAAUUAAGCUGUCAUUUAUAUGUAUUCAUGAAGUCCAAAGGUAAUCUAAUAAUGUGGUCUAAGUUUAAAUGUUAAAAAAAGAAAUACAUUUGAAGACAUCUUGCCAUACCAAAAGUGGACGUUUCUCAUUGUUACCUUAAAUGACAUAUAUAUAUAUAUAUUUUUUUUUUUUUUUAGUUAUAUUAUAAGUGUUAUGUUAGAGCAGUAAUCCUAAUCAUAAACUGAAUUUAGAAGAAACAUACAUCUGAGAUCUUUUAGGCUAUUUGAAACAUUAAAUAAAUUGUUCUAGUGUGUUUGCUUUUUAACUUUGAAUACAAACUUUACUUUACUUUUGUAGCUAUUUUGCUAGUCAGCUGCCGACGCGAUGUCAUUCAUUGUACACCGCAAAUUCAAAGCGCCGCAUCUACACGCAUCAACGGCGCUCGCGCUCUUUUAAACUCUUUUAAACAAAAUGGAUGACAACAACUCACACACCUGCAUUAGGAGCUGUACUUUGCGUGCAUAUUUAGCCGUUUGCAGUGCAUAUUUUGCAGCAUCUGAAGGAUGUAUUCGUUACGCAAACAUUCAGAAGGCAGGACCCGCUUUGAAACUGCAACAUUAAUUGAUUUAAUUGCUGAUGAGUGACAAUUCAACUAUAUCCAAUGAACAAUGAGGCUAGUAUUUGCUGCUCGUCUUGACUGGUGGACUGGCAUAUAAGGGAUGCUACAGUUGUGGAGGCCCCUCCUGAAAGGUGCCAUAGAAUGCAAUGAUACAAUUAGGGAUGGGUAUUUUCCAAAAAUUUUGCAUUCGAAUAUUUGGGCUCAUAAAAAAAUGAAUAUUCAAAUAUUUGUUUAUUUAAAUGAGGUUUAAUGAGAAAGACGUUAUUUUUAAUUAUCAAGUUUUUGUCACAAUUUCUGAACAAGCUUAUGAUUAGCCGUUACACAACAAUGUUCUACAACAACGUUACGUUAUAUCGCAAGGUUUUAUUUUGGUUGAAAACAUUUAAACCAAAAUAAUACAUAAAAAAAGCAUUCAAGAUGCAAGUGAAUGCAGCGAUGGACAGCUGUCUUUCCUCAAUCGAGUGUGUUUGGAUUUCAUGUGAUUUCUCAUUGUGGUGGUGAUAUUAUGAUAAAUCGAUUUCACUAAUUAAUUUGAUCAGAAGUAAUUACAUUUUGUCAGAUCAUUUAGUAAGAUAAUUUAGAUCAAAGUAAAUCCAAACUUUGUGAGGCAGAUGACGACAUUCUGUGAUCAAAUACUGUUAACACGCUCCACAGCGCCACCCAGAAACGGUUUUACAUGUGCAUUUACAACCCUAGGAUUUCUCCCUAAAAUUAAGUGGUCUUUUAUUGGCUUAUUUGGGAGGGUCAUGAAUAAUAAUGUUGAGCUCUGCUCUGAUUGGCUGUUUCACAGUGCGGCUCAUUUCAGUAACUCACAGCAGGAAGGAAACACAGGGAAGAAAAUAUAUAUUUCAAUACUUUCUCUCGCAGUUAUAUCAGCGGGUAAUUAUACUGUAUAUAAAAUGCGGGCAUCAGGGAGCCGCUAUUAAUAUGCGAGGCACUGAAACUGCUUUCAAAUGCACGAUCGCUUUUUAGUUUCACUUUCGAGAUUCGCGAUCGCACGUACUCUGUUUAUACUAUGGAGCGGCAGUACUUACCACACAUUUUACAAGAUCAGAUGCUUAUCAGUGGUGCUCAGGAUCUGUAAAUCAUUCGUCAUCAUCCUCAGUCAUCUCUCCUUACUCUGUUUAUGUGGUAAGUGAAAUCUUAUGUACAGCAAUGAAACAGGCUACCGCUAGCAGCUAACCAUGUCACUUUAGUGGAACGCGUUAUUUGCUUUCCGUGCCUUUCUGAAUAUAGACACCAACCCAUCCCUGCACUUCACAUCCCCUGCACAGCCUGUAACAUAACAUUUAUUUCCAUGAUCUGCCAUUUUCACUGUUGUCCUUGCUUGUUUCUUCACAAUACCUGCAGAACUUCUGAUGGUUUGGCUGUAUAGGUUCGGCUGGCCUAGAACAUUGGCGUGUAUAUGCAAAUGUUGGGGGCGUAACUAUUAGUGACCCCGACUGCAACUUCACAGUCGGUGUUAUGUUCUGAUUCGCCUAUUUUUCAGUGGUCUUUUGCAUUCACGAGAGUUCAAACACCAUUGUUUCCUCCUUCUUAUGUAACAGUUACAUAAGAAGGAGGAAACAAUGGUGUUUGAGGCUCACUGUAUGUCAUUUCCAUGUACAGAACUUAUUAUUUAACUAUGCCAAGGUAAAUACAGUUUUCCAUUCUAUGGCACCUUUAAAGCUCGAGGCCUUAGGCAAUUGCCUGCUCUGCCUAUAGCUAGCGCCGGCCCUGGGGAACCUCCUAAACAAGCAACGCAAGUACCUCCUGAUUCUAGCUGAGCUGGUGCAUUUAAUAUAAAUUUUAGCCUCAUUGAGGAACUCAAUGCGAGGGUUGCUUAAAUGAUUGAUGGUUGUUCAGGUCUAUGCAAUUGCUCAUAUUGCUAUAAACUUGGGAUUUCACAUUUUCACUCUCUUAAACUCAUUCUUUCCUCAUUUUUCUCUUUCUGCAACUUGCGUGGAUGUAUGAUUGUGUAUGUUUAGGUGUUAGAUUGUUUACAUGCUUUAGAUUUAUCCAAUAAAGUCUUAUUCAUAUUGAAAAGAGAAGUAUCUUGAGUUUUGUGCUUACAAGUUGAUGUCUUAAACUGCCGAUCUUGUUACUGUGCUAAUUAAUAGUGUUUUCACUAUAGAGUUGAUGUUAUACGGCUCGUUCAGUGAAUCGCUGGCCGACUCAGUGAUCAGCCGUAAAACAGUGAUUCUGACCAAAUUCCCUAUAAAAUCUUAAAUGAUCCCCUUUGAGCUAAAUUGACCUGAUUCCCUUACAUUGAACAUUGGUUAAUGAAGGAUGACAUCAAUCUAAUUAGUGAUGUGAAAAGUGGGUGGAGGGAUUGAAUUGCUUUGCACACUGAGGAAGGCUUUGAGCCGAAACGUUUGUGUCUUUUGCCGUCAGUGAUGAAUGUAAAAUAAAACGUAAAAAGAAAACUGUUCUCAUGGGUGUGGAUCAUGAUCUCCUAUACUACUUUACAUUUCAUAACAAUCAGCCAAAUUGGUUUAAUUCCUUGAGUUAAAAUGGGGUCAGAUUAAAUUGCGUUAAGGUUGGAGUGCUUAAAAAGAGGAGGCGAACAACAGUGAAGUGUAUUUACAAUAUUCACAUGAAACUUAAAACAACACAAUAAAAACAGAAAAACUUUGGCUGUUAAAAGCAUAGAGUCCAUUGGUUCCAUACAUGGCUUAAAGAUCUCCGGCACCGUGCCGGAUCCGGCAUGCGGCGUUUGGCUGCAAAAAAAAGAGAAUCCUUUAAAAAAAAAAACUUGUUGCUAUCAUGUUCGAGUUCAUGAGUUCGCCUACCAAUGGUAUGAGAGGAACACAGCUUUCACUCUCAACCAAACUAACAUU